CGCAGGGCUUCCCGCUGCUCUCAGUGGAGGAUUGACUCUUCAGUUGUACACACAGUCAGCUCGCGGUGGAAACACGCCACAUAAAUUGCGUUUAUUUUUCUUUACUACAUUUAUUUUUCUGUUGGGGAUCGACUGGUUGAGGAGAGGGCUUUACUGUGAGGACUGCAGCAGCCACUCUGAGGAAAACAUUAUUUCUACACGACUACGCAUUAGAAGACGAUUGGCUGGUAAGAUUUAUAGGGUCCCCUGACAGAUCCAAACCUCCUGAUGUUUGAUCAAGCUGACAAUCAAGAGAUGUCGCCCUGAUCGCUGUUUUGUCUGCAGCAGCUUUUCGUUAGGCAAGAUGUCAACCACAACAGAAAAUGGGAUGGGAGGGCCUUGGACCACAGGCAGAGAGAAGACGUACAAAAAGACCACGUCAUCAGCCUUGAAGGGAGCCAUUCAGCUCGGUAUUGGCUAUACAGUGGGCAACCUCACCUCCAAGCCUGACAGAGAUGUGCUUAUGCAAGACUUCUAUGUGGUGGAGAGCGUCUUUCUGCCCAGUGAGGGAAGCAACUUGACUCCAGCACAUCACUACCCUGACUUCCGCUUCAAGACCUACGCUCCACUGGCCUUCCGCUACUUCAGGGAUUUGUUCGGCAUCAAACCAGAUGACUACCUGUACUCCCUCGUAAAUGAGCCACUGAUUGAGCUGACCAACCCGGGGGCCAGCGGCUCACUCUUCUAUCUAACCAGCGAUGACGAGUUCAUCAUUAAAACCGUCCAGCACAAAGAGGCCAAGUUUCUCCAGAGAUUACUACCUGGAUACUACAUGAACCUGAACCAGAAUCCGCGCACGCUGCUGCCCAAGUUCUAUGGACUGUACUGCAUCCAGUCUGGAGGCAUCAACAUCCGACUGGUGGUCAUGAAUAACGUGCUGCCACGCUCGAUCAAAAUGCACUACAAAUACGACCUGAAGGGAUCCACCUACAAGAGACGAGCAUCCAGGAAAGAGAGGGAGAAGGCCUGUCCGACCUACAAAGACCUGGACUUCCAGGACAUGCACGAAGAAGGACUUUACUUUGACGCAGAGACGUACAAUAACCUGAUGAAGACCCUGCAGAGAGACUGUCGGGUGCUGGAGAGUUUUAAGAUCAUGGACUACAGCCUGCUGCUGGGUGUGCACGUCCCAGACCAGAGCCAGAGAGACGGGGGUGAGCCGGGCCAGGCAGGCGGGGACGGGAGGAGACCUGUGGGUCAGAGGGUGCUUUACUCCACCGCCAUGGAGUCCAUCCAGGGAGACGGCAAGGCUGCUGAAGCAGUCACCACAGACGACACGAUGGGUGGCAUCCCUGCCAAAACACACAAAGAAGAAAAGCUGCUCAUCUUCCUGGGUAUCAUAGAUAUUCUACAGUCAUACAGGUUCAUUAAAAAGUUGGAACACUCGUGGAAGGCCCUGGUGUACGAUGGGGACUCCGUCUCGGUGCACCGACCAGGGUUUUACGCCAGCCGCUUCCUCAAGUUCAUGAGCACACGGGUCUUCAGGAAGACUCAGCCACUUCGAUUCUCGCCUUCAAAGAGGACUCGUACGUCCAUUCCGGCUCUGAAGUCGUCCUCACAGGAGAUCCUUUCAUCGCAGGCAGAUGAGAGGAACGAGGAGGACGGGAGGGACAGGCUCGGAGGAGCGUACAGCCUGGCCAGUCUGGAUGGACAAGCUGUAUUCGGCUCGUACCUGCGUCCCGAUCUGGUCCCCGCCAACCCGUCUUUCUACGAGGGCUCCUCCAUGGGAACCAUCUCCACCUCCUCCAUCUUUGUCAACGUGGACAACCAAACAGAGGAGAGAGAUGACGUUGCAUCCAGCUCCACGUUCACCCUGGAGGACAGCGCAAUCUGCCUCACUUCAGAGCAGAGCACCAUGGACGUGGACAUAGACCGCGAUGAUGGAUCUGUUCUUGAUGUCUACUUGUGAAAAAAAGCAGCUUUACAACCUUCAUUUCCUCCUGCCAAUCAUACGACAAUCGCCGCACUCCAUUGGACUGGCCACACUGGCCUUUGACUCCACUUCCAGUGCUGCUAGAUCCAUGUUGCCACUUGUAUUGCCAACACAUAAACAGACUGAGAUUCUCCACCGGUUGACGGACUAAAAGAAGACACCAACAGUCACAGUGAAGGACAUCUGCAGGAACCACGUGACAUAUAUCAUGUAAUGUGACGGACAUCAGGCUGAACUGAGUGUUGCUUUUUAGAGCAUGCGUCAACGCAGUGCCAUUAAGUUUUAUAUAUGUAUAAUGUUUUCAUGGCCUACACAGAGACCGAAAUAUUUACUAUAUAUACACGAGGAGAGGGUAGAUACAUUUCUUUAAAUGUUUUUUUCUGCUGACCAGAAAGAAAUGAAAGAGCCUUUGCUGAUAAGAAGAGAAAUGUUUACAGUGAAUUUGUGGUGGCGUCUUUGUCCCUGAUCAACAGGGACGCGACGAUGUCACACAAAGGACACGAGCCAGCUUGUAGCCACAGACGACACGGAUGAGAAAAGACUCACAUGAGCAGACAUGAUGGAUUCUGAAGCUCCCGAGGCCGAACACAGACUGUGACGUGGCUUAAGUGGCCACCUAAUCCUAACCGGGCUGCUAUUUACGCUGUCCUGACUGACAGGAACCUAAAGCCUGGCGACAAGCUGCUGUAAAGUGAAGUGAGAAAAGACAGUUACUGGAUCUUGGAUGAAUCACAGAACGGAGAGCCGGCGCGCUCUCUCUUGAUCAAAAGGCACUUUUGACAUUGGUUAUGAUAACUGUAAGAAAUAUUUUUCCUCUGAAGACGUUGCUUAGGUGGGUGGGCGACCUGACAUGAGCACAGAUUUGGAUAUGUGAAUAUGCACUUUUCUUUUUUUUCUUCCUCUUUUUACUCUACAAGUGCACACCUCUGUAAGUCAUUGAUACUACAUGUACAGAGACAGCGAAGGAACAUUGUAGAUCACUUUUUGAUGUGGAGCUAAUAGUUUUGUGAGGUUUGCGUCAUGACUGAAGAUGCUUUUACUCAGGAUAUCCUUUGAUACUGAAUAAGUGUGUCCUCUUCAAAUAGUUAUGAGACAUGCAUCCUAUGCUUAGAAGCUGUCCGAUACCUCUUCAUCAAGACCAUAUCCAACUAUAAAUGUUGAAAUCCACGAUCACGCGUCGGUUGAGACCAUAAUUUAUUAUGUAAAUCUCAAUAUUUUACCAUUUGCUGAAAAAAAUACUUUAAAUCGCUGAAUGUAAAGACAAUGCAUAUUUAUAUUUAGAAGAGACUCCUAUAAAUAAACUGCUAAAAUUCAAUGACUCUGUUCAGCUACUUUAACUUCUAGAAAAGUUCUUCAUCUUUGCAUAUUAUGGCUGUGUGUACGCAUCAUCUAGGGCAGUGGCACCCUCAGGAAUAUUUCAUAAGGGUGGCAAGAUGGGGCCAUGGAAAGUCUUGGUGUGGCACACAGAAACAAAAGCCGUAACUGAAUUCCAGGAGUUGUGUUAUGUUGUUCAAGUACAUAGGCCAGUUGAAAACUAUGUCAAUUGAUACUGAUCAAUAUUGUUUAACUGUUAUUACUAAUUAUCUGAUAUGCAUAGACUUAUUUGAGUACAGUUAACAUUUUGAGUUCCACCACAAUCCUGUACGAAUGUGUGAUGCGUCUAUACAUUUUAGGCGAUUCAUCGUUCUUCAGAGAGGCUGGUCGACCUUUUCCCAAAGAGGAAAAAGACACAGCUUUAAUUUGAAGGACACUGAUUGUAAGGGAACAAUGAGGAGACUCAUGGGUACCCAGAGAACUCAUUUUCAUCUAGAUAUCUUGAGGUGAGAGUUCAAGGGACCCCUUUAAAAAUGGCUAUGGCAGUUGUUGCCUCGCUUAAAUUUAGCUUUAAUUUAGAGUGUCAUUUGUUCCCCUCUCUGAUAAGCUAUGCCGACAUGCUUGAUGCUAAUGGUUGCCUUAGCAUGUCUAGCUUGUCUAGCAUUGAAAUGAACGCUCCACAGCCUUUUAAAGAUGGUAAUAGUAGUCUCCAAGUAUGUUCCAUGGGAAGGGGUGCCAAUGUUUCAGAUUUCAAUAAAAGUCUGUCCAUGUAUUGAUCUCUUUAGAAGAUGAAAUAAUCCUCACCUUCACAGCAGUGCCACUUAAACAGUAGACCACACUUGCGUCUAUCGUGUAACAAUUUUAAUUUACAGAACAUUGUCAAAUUGCAUUACAUUUAGUGCAAAUAAUAACACUUCUGAUGUACAACUUAGAAAUAUACAAAGUGUGUAGAUUACUGACAAGAUAUCAAAAUUAAAAACACUAAAUGCAUUCUUAAGCUGACACUGCUCAUAGAUCUAGCUUUUGUAAUUAUCAGCAAAACAAUUAUCCAGAUCCUUCCUAACCUCCGACCCCUUAGACCCCCAAAAAAAUCUGACAGUGACUGUUCCACCGUGCAGAUCUACUGAUUGCAAAACUCCCAACUUUUGAUGGCAUCUAACACAACCUAGAGUAAAUUUAAAUCUUGAGGUAAGAUGAUGUGAAAUGCUGACCCUUUCCUCCACCCCCACUUCAUUUCAGUGUUGAUAAAUGCACAUCUGGUGGCUGUACAGUAAAGAUAACCAGGAUUUUUUUAGGGUUCCUCCUGGUGUCUAAGGCAUUCUGGGGGUAGUUUAUCAGUCAAAGGGCAGGAGGCCACUGCACUGUAGUGUGGCGUGUGAAAUGUAAUGUUAGAGUAUGACUAAGAGUCUAGGGUGUAGCUGAUAUCCUACUCAACAUUUUACAACUUUACCGUAUCCUGCACAAUAGCAGCGGUACUAAUUUACAAACCUGACCCUUAAGAAUGCACAGACAGAUUUUUUUCUGCCUCAUCAGGGGCUGAAAACGGUGAAAAACAACCCAGGGUGUACAAAAUGUAUCCACUCGUCUCUCAAUGAAAGAGAGGAAUCUGUACAUCAGACGCUAUGGCUGGCCGUUUGCAAAUAUCUAUCAGAAACCAUACAUUACAUGGAGGUUAAAGACAGAUACACACUGACAACAGGCCGCAGCUUAGCAUCUAUAGACCACAGUCAACUACAUCUCUGAUAUCCAAUUAUUGAUUAUCACUUCAACCGUGUCAAAAAUAUUGUCCAACAUGACUUUAAAGACUUAGCAAAUGCUCUUUAUCUCCCACUUCAGGUUUCCUUGGCCCACUGCUGUCAUCAAAUUCAAGCAUUUAACAGUCAAUUCACAUUUCUCACAAUAGUAAACUAACUGAAAACUUAUUCUGUUUUCUCUGUACAAUACAUUGUGUCCCUAGAAAUAUAAAGAUUUCAAAGCUUUAGGCUCUGGCCCCCCAUCAAACUACAAAGAGAGUCAUCACCAGAGGGACAGGAGAAGGCAAUAAAGAGGAGAAACUGUACCACACCUCAUCAAUGCUUUCUAUCCUGUCUAUGUCUACUUUCCUCUCUCAUGGUAGUUACUUUAGCAGCAGCAAAACAAGUAGCUGUAAUACUAGUGAUUAAAGCGAACCCAAAAAAAAAAAAAAAA